AUGCCGGUACACUCUCCAGACGGUUCCCCGGAUCUCGAGUCGGGGGACGAAGGGCGGCAGCGGAGGUCCGGCGGGGGCAGGCGGGUGCGGUUCGUCCUGCCCCACACCGCCAUCCUGCUGCCGUCGGAGCGCGAUGAGGAGCAGCUCUUCUACCAGCGGCUGGAGGAAGUGGCGGGCCCGGGCACCGGAGGCUUCGCGCCGCUCUUCGCGGCCGACGGCUGGAGCGACCUGACAGAGGACCGGCUGCUGCGGAAGCGUGUAGUGCGGGACGGGUGGGACAGGCCGCGGCCGCAGCCAGGCCAGGAGGUGUCCGUGAAGGUGCUGGGCGCCCUGGAGGACGGCGGGCUGGUAGAACGCGACCAGCGGCUCACCUUCGUGCCGGGACACGGCGACGUCGUGCAGGUCAGCCCCGGCCGGGGCGCGGUGAGGGGCUGAGUGAUGCUCGGUACCGCGCCCGGCCAGCCCCGCCCUGCCCGUCCGCAGGCCCUGGAGCUGGGCGUCCCCACCAUGCAGCCCGGCGAGGUCUCCUUCUUCCUCGCCGCCUUCCCCUACGGCUACGGCCGCCCGGGCAGGGAGCCGGACGUGCCGCCCGAAGCGUCGCUGCUGUUCGAGGUGACGCUGCUGGAGGUACGGGACGACCCCGACCCGCAGCCGCUGCCGCCUGGUGCCCGCUUGCGCCUGGGCUCGCAGCGCCGGGAGCGGGGCAACUUCCACUUCGCCCGGGGUGACUUCGAGGCUGCCUUGCGUUCGUACCGCCUGGCCCUGCGCGCCCUGGACGGCCCCGCCGCCGUCCCGCCCGGACCGCAGGAGGAAGAGGAGCUGCGGGAGCAGCGCCUCAAGUGCCUCAACAACUGCGCGGCCGCCGCCCUGAAGUUGGAGCGGGGGGACGAGGCGCUGGCAGCCUGCGAGGAAGUGCUGGGCAUCAGCCCCGACAACGGCCGGGCGCUGCUCCGGCGGGGGCAGCUGCUGGCGCAGCAGGGCCGGGACGCAGAGGCUGCGAUCGACCUGAAGAGAGCCCUGGAGCUGGACCCGGCCAGCAAGGUGAUCCACGCCGAGCUGUCCCGGCUGGUGAAGCGCCGGAGCCUCCUGGGCCGCGCCGCUCCCGAGGAGCCCCGCCACAGCCCGCCGCCGCCGCCCAGUCCUGGAGCCCCGACACCGCCCGCGGAGGAGGGAGCGGCCUGAGCGUCCCUACCGAAUCCCUCGGAGGUCCCCCCGGAGGAUCCGCCCCGCGGGGAUGGACUGAGGGACGGGGAACGGGCCCGCAUCGGUACCCCCGAAUCCGCAUCCAUACCUCCCCUCCCCUCCCCUCGCACCGGUACCAUCCCCGGUACUGCCCCGCACUGCCCCCAGUGCCCCCCUGGCCCCACCCCCUGCGCGUGGGCGCUGCCCCGCCGCUCCGGCGCGUGCGCUGCAGCUUCCGUCUUUUCGCCCCCGCCGGCGGAGCGGCGCU